AUGAAUAUUUUUAUUUGUGUCCUACUUUUGUUCAUUUGGACAACUAGCUGUUUAAAUAGAAACCAAAGCGAUGGGUCUUCUACUGAAGGAGCCAAGCACCUUGAAUCAAUGGUGACCAAAGUGAUGAAUUUUAGAAGACAUCUACUCUUUGUUGUAAUUGGUGGUAUGAUCAUAGCUUUCGGCUUCAGCUGUUUUUGCUUUAUCCAUUAUAAUUGUCUGAGUGAUGAAGCAGGAAUGGUCAGAAUAGAAAGUGUAGCAGCCACAUCAUCCAGGUCAUCAAAAAUAUCAUUCAGAAAAUCCAAAGGAGCCAAUCCACGCGUUCUAGAAGAACAGCGCAUGCUAUUAGAUACAGAUAGGUUAUCUGGACCUUCAAGUGUAGGCACGUCAUCCAGAACAUCCAGUAUGGAAAAUCUGCACAAGACUCUGAGUCCAGAAAUGGCACCUGUACGAUCUAAUACAGAAAAGUUAAUCAGGCCAUCAAGUCAAGAAAAAUCGUCGAAGCCAUCAAGCCCCAAAAGAGUAUUCAGUUUGCCCCACCUGGAGGAACCACAUACAACAUGCAGUCUAGAUAAGUUACAUGAGCUAGCUGAUUCUUAUAAGCUACUCAGUCAAGGCAGUUUGUCCUAUCCAAAUAUUGCAAUUAGGUCACCUUUCCCAGCCAAUGUACAAUAUCCAGUCAGAUCAACCAAGCCACCUUGUCCACCCUGUCCACAAAAUCAAACCAAAUCCUCCAGAUAUUGUAACAUAAAAAAUUCAGUUGGCAAAGGUGUGGCCAACAUGGUAUCUAGACCUCAGUUAGUCAAGCCGUACCAGUGUUACCAGGAAGAUUUCCUUGUAUCCAUAUCUAUGCCUGAGUCUUUGGCCAAUGAUAUUUCUGAGCCCAAGAAGACAAAUUCUCCAAACCUACCAUUUCCACAUGAAGUGAUGCCUGUUUCCAAGUCCUUCCAUGAGGCAGAUGCCAAAGACGAUGCAUUGUAUGGCAAUGUGAAUGACAGCGAUAUGAUGACAAAUGACAGUGAUGAGAGCAGUGAUGGCGAGAUCACCAUUAUUUGCAACGUAAAUCUCAGUGAUGUUAUCCCUAAAGACACCCCCAAAUAA